AUGGAGCAGAGUCGGAGCAAACCUGCUUCCACCGUCUAUCCAUGGAUGGACACUGAACAUGUCACUGGGCACUUGAGGAAAUGUUUCAAAUUCGUCUAUGAUAAAGUCAAGUUACUGAACGGCCGGGUGGACGGCAUGGAAGCGCAAAUGGCGCAUCUCAAACAGCUUGUCGAAGACGUUAAGAGAAAGUCCGAAGCGGACAACCAAGGACUGCAAGGCCAUAUUGAUACUCAGAAGGCGCAGAAUCAGCAGCUGCGAAACGAACUGGAUGCUGAGAGGGAUCGAAACCAGCGACUAGAGACUACGAUCAAUAAUUCGCAACAGUCAAUCACCCGAAUUGAUCAAAAGUCACAUGAUCUCUCCAACCAGUUCCUUGCCCAGAAGACUAUCACUACCGCAAAUUUCCAAAGGACAGAUCGACUCGUGUCAAAAUCCACGCAGAAAAUUGAGUCGCUGGAACGGUCUGGCAAUACCUACAUCCAGAGCAUUGUCGAUCUCAGAGAGGACCUAGAAGAUCGCUUCGAGACAGCAGUGGUUCAUACCCAAGAAUGCUUGCGUCACAACAAAACCGCCUGGAUCAAAGGUCUAGAACUCCUCAGAACCGAGACGGCGGAAAAGCUCGCCACUACGACAGAUCACUUCUCCACCGCUAUUGAUACCGUGCAAGCACAAUCCCGCGAGCAUACGGAAGCGUUCGAAAAAACAGCUCUGGUCCUGGACCAUAACUCUCAGCGUAUGGAAGAGCUCGGAAAUGCGAUGGUAGAACCACAGCUCCUGGAAGGCAUGAAUCACCGCGUCGAGAAGCUUGAAAAUGCUGUGGUAUCGCAUGAUGCGGCACUGCGAGCUUCUCAGGCCAUAACUACCAGACUCGAUUCCCUAGAUGCCCGCCUGGGCGUGUCGGAAGUCGCCCUCCAUUCUAUGCAAACGCCGACAUUGACACCCCCGACUACCGCAACAGUUAAUUUCGCUCUCGACGGCCUUCGGACCAAGCUUGAUGCAAUGGACUUGUGCAUGAAGAAUGAAGUUGCCUCAGUUAGGAUCUGCAAAGAACGACUCGUCGCAUUGGAAAAGCACCGCGGUACCCCUGCAUCUCGCAAACUUGACAAUAGGGUCUGCGUAUUGGAAGAGAACUACGGCAAGAUGCGCAAUGACCAUACAGACAUGACCGCCAAGUGUGUCACCCACGAGCAGUUUGCUGCAGUAAGCGACGCCCUUACUACCUCCCUCCAGACGACUAUUCAAGACCACCGGGAAGAGGUAAAGCAGAGGAUGGAGUAUAAUGUUGUACUCCUGAAUGGGCUAAGGGGUCAGCACCUACAAAAUAUAGAGACCUCUCUCAAAAAGGUCGUCCAGGAUAACGCAUUUCCCCACCUACUUCAAGACGCAGAAAGCGCACAGCCUGCCCGAGCACCAGCACUACAGUCAGCGUAUCCAUCACCACCCGCGGCGAAUCUGACACAUCCCAGGCCGACGCAUGAUAACUGGUCACAAAACACAUCCUCCGCUCCCGUGGCGUUCCAACAGGCCAUGUACAUGCAGCACGCACCUGUGUCUGAUGCUCGACAAGGAAAACAGUCAUUCGCCGAUACCAUUGACCUCACCGCACCUGGACAGCCUACAUUCUUUCGACAAGUGCCCGAGAAGCGACAACGGAUUGAUCGACCGGCGCAACAGCAGGGUCAGUAUUCAACGCAGCAGCAAUGGCAGCAACAAGUGCGACAACAGGCUCAGCAACAAGCUCAGCAACAGACACAGCGACCGGCACAACAACAACAUCUGAAUCAAAAUCGUCCAUCAACUGCCAUGGACGUCAUGCAGCAGAGGCAAUGA